AAACACCAUACUUAGAAGCUAAAAAGUGUGAAAUAUAGUGUGUGUGUGAGAACUGAACUAGCAAUGGCAGCGCCGACACAGACCAUAGAGGUUCCCAGCGACGCUGAGCUGAUGCAGGCACAGGCCGACCUGUGGCGGCACAGCCUCUACUACCUCACCUCCAUGGGGCUCCGCUGCGCCGUCGAGCUCGGCAUCCCCACCACAAUCCACCGCCUCGGCGGAGCCGCUUCCGUCUCCGACCUGAUGGCCGCGCUGUCCCUCCCUGAGAACAAGCUCCCCUUCUUCCGCCGCCUCAUGCGCGUGCUUGUCACGGCGGGCGUCUUUGCCGCCGAUGGCAGCGGGGACGCCGAGCGCUUCGGGCUCACUCCGCUGUCCCGCAUCCUGGUGGACGGCGUCGUCGCCGACGAGCACCACAGCCAGAGGUGCUUCGUUCUGGGCCCCACCUGCCGGCACUCCGUGGAGGCAGCGUUCAACCUGGCCGAGUGGUUCAAGAAGGAACUGGCGUCGCCGGUGCCGUCGCCGUUCGAGGACCUGCACGGCGCGAGGCUCUUCGAGGAGAGCACCCCGCUUCUGGACCCGGAGAUGGACGCCGUGGUCAACGAGGCCCGGGCGGCGCACGACAACCUGGGGAUUGGCACCUUGCUCCGCGAGUGCCGUGACCUGUUCAAGGGGGUGAACUCCCUGACCGACUGCUGCGGCCGCCACGGCGAGACGGCGAGGGCCAUCGUCAAGGCGUUCCCGCAUAUCAACUGCACGGUCUUCGACCUUCCAUGGUUGGUGAACCAAGCGCCUCGUGAUGGCGUCGUCAACUACGUCGCCGGUGACGCGUUCCAUUCUAACGUCCCACCAGCUCAAGCAGUCAUGCUCAAGCUUGUUCUUCACCACUUGAGCGACGAUGACUGCGUGAAAAUCCUAGGUCAGUGCAGAAAGGCUGUUCCUUCACAAAAGGAGGGCGGCAAGGUCAUUGUCAUAGAUAUCUUGGUUGACCCUUCUCUGGGGCCUGUAAUGUUCGAAGCCCAGCUCAUGAUGGACAUGCUGAUGAUGGUCAAUACUAGAGGACGCCAACGGGACGAAAAUGAAUGGCACCAUCUGUUCACCAAAGCUGGAUUCAGUGACUACAAGAUUGCCAAGAAAAUUGGAGCUCGAGCUGUCUUUGAGGUCUUCCCCUAGGAGGCUUGAUCGUGCUCCCACCUAAUAUGUGUGUAACCAGCGUACCUGCAUCGUGUGGAGUGAAAAUAAAUAAAUAAAUAAAAGCAUAGUGCCGCGUUGAAAUGGGAAGUUCACAGAUCAUGAAGGGACCGAACUCUUAGGUUUGGUUAUUACUUCAUGAACUGUGCAAGGUUCGUUUGCAAGAAUACAUGUAUUCAAUCGAUGCGCUUUCUUGCACAUGUGGUUUGUGUAUGUACUGGAGUACCAGUCGACCACAGUAAGUUGGAAAUGUAAUUUAAGCCUUCCCGAGCAUUAUAUGCUGAUCAAAUAUUUAUGAAGUGUGAUUUAAU